AUGACGACGGUAAGGAACAAACUGAACAGUCUCCAGGGGCUGGCACAUAGGAGAACUUUGGGCUCGCUCAGUACCACUCCGUUGGUAGCGAUGGAGGUACUAACAAAUACGACCCCAUUAGACACAACUAUUAUAGACAUAGCAAUCAGGACGGCACACAGACUCAAAUGUUGGAACAGUUGGACGGAGAACAAUUACGGUCAUGCAUCAAUUAUAAUGAACGAGGCAAAUGCGGAAAUGAAUGACUGGAUGAAAAUGGAUCAGGAUAGAAGUGCCCCUAGUAUGGUGCCGCAGCGAUCUUUUCAGGUUAAAAUACCCACCAGAGAACAAUGGAGACAGGACGAGGUACUAUCAAGAAACCAGAUUGAGUGGUAUACAGACGGUUCAAACAGAAACGGAUUAGCAGGAGCAGGGUGGACAAAUGGGACCACGGAAAGGCAUUACGCAAGCCUGGGCAGGAACGUGACGGUCUUCCAAGCGGAAGCCUAUGCGAUAACGAGAUGCGCAAGACUUCUCAUGGAUAAAGGUACGUGUAGUAAAGAUAUACGUAUUUUUACAGACAGCCAGGCGGUGUUGCUGAGUGUUCAAAAACUUAUGCAUACAUCGGUAACGGCAAGAAGGUGCAAGGAGCAUCUCAACGAACUGGCAUCCAGAGGUAACAAGGUUACACUGUGCUGGGUGCCAGGUCACAAAGGUAUCGCAGGAAAUGAGCUAGCGGACAAAUUGGCUAACAUGGGUUCGGGAAGAGCCCCGCCGGAAGGAGUACCCAGGCAGGUACCGCUACCAGAAGCGGCGUUUGCCCUGGGUAGGAGAAGAUGGAGUAUGGAGCAAAGAAAGAGGAGAUGGGAUUCCACUGUAGGUUGUAGAGUGGCCAAGAAAAUGAUAGGACCGGAUCCUAUAUACAAAAAUUGGAGGGACCUAAUGGACCUCCCACGCGAGGACACACGGAGAGUCGCGGGACUUUUGACGGGACACGCGAUUUUAAAUCAUCAUCUCACACGGAUGGGGGAAUUGCAGGAUGAACACUGCGAAUUCUGCGACGAAUAUAUAGCCGAAUCGGCUGAACAUAUCCUGACGAGUUGCCAAGGAUUAAUGGAACCUCGCUUCAAGAGGUUCAGGAAAGCAAUUCUGGAUGAAGAGGAUGUGCAACAACUAACAAUAAAAGGAAUCCAGAAAUUUGCGCAGGAUGUGGAUAGAACUAGGCCAAGGAAUGAGGACGAGGAAGAAGAGGAGGAAGUCUGGUAA